UUACAUUCUAGGCCGUCAACAACAAGGUCCCAUUUCUUUGUAUAAAAAGAAUCCAUUCCACUGACAUAAGCUUUGAAAAUCUCCUUCCACACAAUUCCGUCCGGUCGACCGCACACAAUAAUCGCCAGAAAUCCGGCCUGCCCGGCAGACCGACAAUGUCCUGCUAUCGAUCGAUAUGUUCCGGUCGGCUUCCCAAGCAGCAGCAACAGCAGCGCAUCCCAUUCUCAAAUCAGCACCAAUUAAGUCUGACCACCUGGGUCGGGCUGCCGGUUGGUGGCUUCCUGCAUCAAUUCGAAACCCGAUUGAACAGUUCGUGGCGGACUGCUCUGUUCAUCAAGUGGUACGCCGUGCUGAUCAACGUGGUGGAAGCGUGUUUUGCUCUUCAUGAGAUGACCGAACGGAAGCGAACUGGCACGGGCGGAAAUAUAUCUUCAGCAGGUGGGGGUCGGUUCCGGUGUAUAAGCAGAAAUAUGCAUUUCGUUACGGAGAUGGUCAUGCUGCAAUCUAAUGGAAUGGCAAUUUAUGGUUUAUUGAAGCCAAACACCCUGCUGCUGGUGCCAUACAUUGUGCUGCAUGUAAUCACUCUGGUGCUGGAGUUGAACUAUUUCAUAACUCGGACUGCCCUCGGUUGGACCUGGGACCGGCCACCAACGUCGGGCACAAGUGCACACUCAAUGCCAUCAUCCUGGAAGCCAAAGCGCGGAACGACAUCACUGUCGAUGCUGGUUUUGUCGCAUUUAAUUUGCUGAUAAUGAUCGGAGCGAAAUUUGCCACCACUUUGGACCCCGUCUCGUACUGACGAUUGGACAACGAACCGGGGAAUAGGAGUUAUGCGUGACCAGGAAGCCAGGAUGCCACUUUGCCUAUCUUGCCAAAAGCCACCGGAAGCACUGAAAAAGCAUUCACUUUUGGCAUCGCUGAAUGGACCCCGUACCGGCAAAGUAGAUGAACGACAGUGAGUGGCUUCUGCCAGAUUCAGCCGGCGUGCGGUGCUUGUGGUUUCUGCGGUGGAGCUUAAAUUAUUUGGUAAAUUAUAAUAAAGGUUGUGUUGAAAUUUAUUGCUGCAACAGGUUUUGC